UGCUCUGGCACCUCCCUGCAGUGCCAGCUCUCAAUCGCACAGGGGACCCAGGGCCCGGCCCCUCCAUCCAGAAAACUUAUGACCUCACCCGCUAUCUGGAGCACCAACUCCGAAGCUUGGCUGGGACCUACCCGCUCUGCCGAACACUGCUGCCUUCUUGAACUCCUCUCCUUGGUCUCUGCACUCUUCUGGCCAACUCUGCCUCUGCAGCCUGGCCUCCUGGCUCCUGACAGCUCUUCUUCCUCUCUCCCUGCCCUGUGGUGGCACUCUCCCGAGGUCUGCCCUCUCAGCCGAUCAGCACGUCCUUCCUGAGCGCUGCCUGCGUGGUUUUCUCUUUCUACCUCUCUCUGUAGAAGAGUUCAUCACCCCACUGCUUCAGCUGUCACUUCCAUGCAGAUGACAUUCCUGUUGAAGAAACUUAGGGGAUGCCCAUGAACAGCAAGGCCUAGGAUGGAGACAGGGCCAGUGUCAGGGACCAGGAGAAUAGACUCUGGGGGCAGCAAUCUCCCUGUUCUGCUCGCCUCCUUCCCCAUCGCCCUCUCCUUUCCACAGCUGAACUACUUGGGCCCCCCCUUCAAUGAGCCUGACUUCAACCCACCUCGGCUGGGGGCAGAGACUCUGCCCAGGGCCACUGUCAACUUGGAAGUGUGGCGAAGCCUCAAUGACAAAUUGCGGUUGACCCAGAACUACGAGGCCUACAGCCACCUCCUGUGUUACUUGCGUGGCCUCAACCGUCAGGCCGCCACAGCAGAGCUACGCCGCAGCCUGGCCCACUUCUGCACCAGCCUCCAGGGCCUGCUGGGCAGCAUCGCAGGUGUCAUGGCCGCUCUGGGCUACCCAUUGCCCCAGCCUCUGCCGGGGACUGAGCCCACCUGGGCCCCUGGCCCUGCCCAUAGUGACUUCCUCCAGAAGAUGGACGACUUCUGGCUGCUGAAGGAGCUGCAGACCUGGCUGUGGCGCUCAGCCAAGGACUUUAACCGGCUUAAGAAGAAGAUGCAGCCUCCGGCAGCUGCGGUCACCCUGCACCUGGAGGCCCAUGGCUUCUGAUCUCUGACCUUUACCACCUCCUCUUUUCCCCUCCGCCUCUCCAAGCCCUGCUCCCACUCUGGGAGGGUGAAACCUGUAUGCCAACACUUGUUGAGCCAGGAGGCAGAUGGUGGGAGUUCUGGUCCUUCCGGCCUUGGCGGGGGUAUGGUGCAAUAUGUCCUGUCCCCUGCCCAGCUCUGGGAGUCCUACGGGUCUGGAGAAGAGAUGCAACAGGCACCAUCCUGUUUCCGUGGAGGUUACGUUCAAGGGAGUUGAAUGGCUCAAGUGGGUAAAAAGGCUCCCACCACCUCUUGCUUGCUGCCACCACCUGCCAGUGCCCACCAGCCCCUCGUCUGGGCAGGAGUGAGGGCCACUGUAGCAUGUGCCCUUCUGGAGAGAAGUCUCUUGGCUGGUGAUGCUCUCCCACCCCAUAACUCCAUAUCCAAGUUCAGGAAACCAAAAAGCAACAAGUCUAAACAAGAAGAGAUGGGGUGAAAAUGGAAGGGGUGGGUCUGCACUGGAGGUGGCCUGCAACCAGAAGAGUAAUACUGAAGGGGAGCGGCUGCCAGGUAGUCAGUGACAUGGGGGCAAACAGCAGCAUGCUGAACGGCGGGACCUUGCCUUGAGUUUCCCUGCCGGCAUCGUGUUGCCUCCUCUCUGCCCCUUGCCAGGGUGUCUGUGGUUGCCCAGGCUGGGAGGGUGGCCACAGCCACAGCCAUGGGGUUUCCUGAAAGUUUACAUUGCCGUAGCAUUGCAGGGUAUGGGGACAGGUCCCCCAGGCCCUGCCCCCAGCCCCACCCACUCAUGACUCUUAAGUUUGUGGUAUUAAUAUUUAUUUAUUUGGAGAUGUUAUUUAUUAGAUGAUAUUUAUUGCAGAAUUUCUAUUCUUGUAUUAACAAAUAAAAUGCUUGC